AUAAUUUUUAUUUUAUUUUUCUUUUCCGUUUUUGUUUUGAAGCAUAGUAACGGCAUUGCCUUAUGAUUGUAAUUUGGACAUCUUCCUCUGCCUUUGCCACCCUAAUCAUAUCUCUUUCUCUAUUUGCCUCCUUUUUAAACGCCUCCUUUCUCCUCUACUUCUUCUUCACAUCACCAACCCCUCUCCCUCUCUCUCUCUCAAUAUCCAUGUCUAAAGAAGAGCAUGAAAGUUUCUUUUGGGAAAACCCGUCAUGGGUUUUAUCCAAUUCUGACAAUACUACAGCUUCAGGAGGCAGUGAGCAGAAGAAUAAGAUGGCAGCUGGAGGUUCCAGAAGCACGAAUAGCCAGACAGAAGUAGGGAAAGAAAUAUCUCUGCCUAAUAAUAAUAACAAGAGAAGAAAGAAUGGUAAUAAAGGAAGUGACAGUAGUGAUGCUAAAGAAGAGAAAGCUGGUGGUGCUGGCGGCGGCGGCGGCGGUGGAGGUGAAUCAGAUCAUGAGAUACAUAUAUGGACUGAAAGAGAAAGAAGAAAGAAGAUGAGAAACAUGUUUGCUAAUCUUCAUGCUUUGCUUCCUCAACUCCCUCCUAAGGCUGACAAGUCCACCAUUGUUGAUGAAGCAGUGAACUACAUCAAAACCCUACAACAAACUCUACAAAAGCUACAAAAACAAAAACUAGAGAGGCUACAAGGUGGUGCUGCAACUUUCUGUUAUGAGCCAUCUUUGGUAACCCCACAAAAGAUAGCCGAUUCAAGGGAAGCAUUCAUGGCUGAUCAAGGGUCUUCUAAUAAUAACCUGUCGAAUGUCACCACAAGAUCAUCCAAUAAUGUACCUUCAAUUCCAAGGUAUCCUGUGCUAUUUCAGACAUGGACUUCCUCCAAUGUAGUAUUGAACAUUUGUGGUGAUGAAGCACAAAUUAGUAUAUGUUCUUCAAAGAAGCCUGGUCUCUUCACUACUAUUUGCUAUGUUUUGGAGAAGCAUAACAUAGAGAUGUUGUCCGCUCAUGUUUCCUCCGAUUCGAAUCGAAACACAUACAUGAUUCAAGCACAUGUAAAUGGAGCUUCUAAUCAAUUUGCAGAGUCAAUUACAGUGGAAGAGAUAUACAGACAAGCUGCAGGUGAGAUAAUGUGUUGGGUCUCUUCAUAAUCAUAGUGCUCUCAAAACUCAAUAACCCUAGUAAAUGGGAUAUGUAAUCCUUGAUCACCCCUGAACGUAGCUAGGAAGAUUGGGGUUUUCUUGUCACUAUGGCGAUCCAUAUAUAGCUACAUGUGUAUAGGAUUCCAGAUAUGGCAUCUUAAUCAUGUACCUCUGAUGAUAUAAUCAAGUUCUACUGAUACAGUUCUUAGUAUCACACAAUUUUGAAUAGAUAUAUAACAAAUGAAGUUGCAACA